AUGCAGAAAAUUGCACGAUCCCACUCAUUGAUUUGCCACAUGAGAUCCCGAAUACUGUCACGCAGCUCGCCCUGGUCAAUCGCCCACACGUUCACCACGCUCCCGCGCGUAUCCACCCAGCGUCUCGUUAUUUGCAGUCGACAGCGGGCCUUCGCCAUCCGCCAACGGUCCACUGACGCUACCGAGAAUGCCACAUCCCCACUUCUACAUCUCGACCUACUUGGAAACGUUCCUAUACCUAGCACGGCAGUAGAUGCAUGUCUCUGGGACGGAUUUCACUUAAACAGCGGCGCCAAGAUCACGGGCGGCAGUGGCGUACUCCUUGUGGCAGGCGAGGCCUUCUGCUGGAAACCGUGGAAGGCACGCGAAGAUGGCGCUCUGAGACUCUGCAAUCCCCGCGGUCAAUGGGAGGUCACUGACGAGGCCUGGGGAGUCUUAGAGCUCGUAUGGCCUAAGCCCGAUUUGCUCAUUCUUGGACUUGGUCCAAAUAUGCGGCCGCUAAGUCCUCAGACCAAGGCACGGAUCAGUCGGCUCGGUAUUCGGCUCGAAAUCCAGGAUACGCGGAAUGCCGCCGCCCAAUUCAAUCUGCUGGCGGCUGAGAGGGGCUUGAGUAAUGUGGCGGCUGCUCUCAUUCCCCUCGGCUGGAGGGAGGAAGUGGGAGUAUUGUGA